UUUCAGACCCAAUCUAUCGAAAAUAUGUCUCGUUUCCUUGUGAUUUUUGCAAUUUUCUUGGCUUUCUCAAACAUCUGUAGUGCGUAUCCAGAUUAUCGACUUCCUGAAAGAAGAAUUCGUGGAGACGUCGAUUCGGUGUUCUUCUCUCCUUUCAGAAUUAUUGGAAAGCGUGCACUUCUUGCAGGACCCCACGACUACGACUUGGGAGAUUUUAUAAGCAAUCCGAAUGUUUGAUGGGCUUCGAAUUUGGAACUUCGAAGUUAAUUCUAUAUAUUGUCAGUGAAAGAAUUUAUGAUAAUAAAGAUGCUAAUGUUGUAGAAAU